AUGCCUGGCAAAAAGUCCUCUCCGAAGUAUAUCAAGGACAAUACAACGAUUCCCAUUCCUCAAGUCCUCACAUACGGCAUCCACGAUGAAAUCAUUCAAGGUGCUAAAACGCCUUUCAUAAUCAUGGACCUUAUCCCCGGGCAGAAACUUCAUACAAAGACGUUCUUAUGCGCAACAAAAGCACAGCGGCAGCGGCUAUAUACCGACCUUAUAGACAUAUUAUCACAGCUACGUAAACUCGAGUUUCCUGCUGGCGGUUCGCUGAUGCCGAACCCAGAAGACGACAAAUGCAGUCCCAUUCUUGGCCCAUUCCUUUCCAUCACUGCAAACGAGUUUGAAAGGAGUAGCGGGAGGUCCUUGCGGCAGGAGGUUUUCACAUCGUUGGGGCGUUUUGUGGAUUACCACCAUAGUAUCUUGACAGAAACGUACCAAUUUCCCGUGGAGAACUUGUCUUACAGGGAUGCUAAGACGGAACUCUUCGCACUUGACAGUUUAUCCGAAGAAAUUUCUAAAUGCAUUGGCUCGAUGCCGACCAGUCCGUCAUUCGUGUUGGCACAUCCAGACCUACGAUUCGGCAAUAUAUUUGUUGACGAUGACUUCCACAUCCUCGGCAUCAUAGACUGGGAAUUCACAAGCACAAUCCCACUCCAAUUAUUCACACCGCCGCCGUGGGUUACCGGUCACGACCCCGAUACACUGCGGGUUAUGCGUGGACUUGUGCGUGGCCCCUUUCGUGAUGAGAUUUUUGCCGAAUUCCGCGACGUCCUGCAAAAUAAGCGAGAAACACGCAGCAUUUCGGAAAAGUUAUGGCACGAGUGGGGAUAUCAACAGGGACAGGCUGGACAAGAAGAGACCUCCAUUCAAAGACUCCCAACUAUUGCCCAGAUAUUACGUCACCCUUCCAGUCUCAUGGGCGUAUAUUGCUCGUCUCUCUUCCGCAUACUCUUCGGGCCGCUUGCGGACAGGGAUGCAGAGAUUGCAAAGUUUUUUGACCAUUCAGAUAAUGUGAGUCUCGUGAAGCAGGUUGAGCUUCAAAUUGAGAAAUCUAAGCGCUAUACGCAAUAUCUAGAAGACAGAGGCCUUCUUGUUGAGGACGUCCAGGGUCAGCAAAUUCAGGAGUAUCUUGCCAAUACUAAACAUUUACUGCAUUGA